AUGGUCGCUGACCUUGAAGACUUCAAACGCGACGCAUUACGUGCAAGCGUCCAUCAGGUCAAGAAGAUAUACUGCUCACCCAAGGAGCAAUGGACAUUCCCGAUGCUGGCUGUGUACGAUAAACAGACACGAUCAGUGUGCAUCAACGAUCCCGCGAUGCAUUCGAAUGUGCCAAAGCCGAGUGAGCGUCUUGACGCCUCCGAUAUGCUCGAUCUCGAAGAUAUCGAUGAAAUCUUCGCCCUUGAUGAGUCAACGCGAAUGACCGAUGAAGACAUUCGCCAGGCUCGCGAGGCUGAAUUACGAGCAGAGUCCUCUCAUGGAGGAGGUGCUGACUACUGGGAGUAUGAUCCAUCUGUGCAUAAGUGGACGUAUCACGCUGUUGUUCCAAGAAAAGCGAUGGUUCAUCCCAGUAAGACUCCCGGUUCCAUUGGGGAGUCGCCUGAUCCAUGGAAGCUGAGCACGGUGCGCAUAUCACAUGUCCAAUACAAGGACAAAAGCCCGGUUACGAUCUAUGCGACCGGGUAUGCCUUUGGCAAGACAAGACUCAUGCAGCUCUGGACCGGCACUGUCGAAUUUUACGAUGACGGCUACGCCCCACCCAAGAAGAAGUUACUUCCUUACCACGGGUCAGAGAUCCUGGAGGGCGAGGGGGGUUUGCCUUAUCGUCAGAGUGUGCCGCGUUCCGAGCGUGCAUAUAAAGGGUCGCGAAAACCGAAUUCUAUCGACUCAGAAUCCUGGCGCAGCAUGAACCGCGCCGAACGGGAGGGAUAUGUAGAGGCUGAGCGCCGAGAAGCUGAAUCUCAUGCCAUGUCCCGAGAGGAUUCUCGCGAUGCCGCUCCUGUCGACAUCGCUUAUGAUUCAGAUUAUGAAUCGGGUGCCGAACGGCAUGACAAGGAUUACUGGUAUCACGAUGUCGCAGCUGGCACGAUCACCCGAUUUCAUGUGAUCGAACGCCGAGCGCGCUUCAACCCUACUUCUGUCAAAGAUUGUCCCGUUGAUCCUGCAACAUUGACCGAUGUCAGGAUGACUAUGGCCAUGACUGACGGUACCGAGUUCACCUUGCAGGACUCAUGGAGAUCCUCCGACACUCGAUCUCUGCCGUGUCGAUGGACGGGAAAGACGGUCUUCGUUAUCGGUUCUUCCGCCAAAACGCAGAUUAAAGUUCGAUCCCGUGUGCCGAACACCGAAAACACGGGGCGCCGCGUGCAGACUGCGAAUGGCUAUUAUGGACACGCAUUGCGUGCAAAGAGCCGUACUGUCGUGCCUGCCAAAUCUCGCGUCUGUGUCGUUACGGAUCUUGAGUUUGAGCCCCCGGGUGGUAUGUCCGCCCGUCUUCAACCGCUCCGCGGCAGUGGCCUCGAUGUUUGCCCGGCCAUGUACACAUAUAAUGAAGGGGCAACUCAGUCCGGUGUUGACGUCUUCAAUCCUACUGACAACGAUGUCAUAGUCGAGCCUGGACAAGACGUUGCGGUAGUCCAAUUCUACACCUCCGUGUUGGCAGCGGUUGAACUCGAUUUCACCGCAGACGAUGUGGAAGGUGAUGUUUCUGCACCGGUUGAACCACCAGAAGACGGUCAAGCUGUUGAUGCAGAACCCAAGAAGGCGUUUCCCGAGCUGACUUUUGGCGAUCGAGGUACCAGUGUCGCGCAGGGCUCAGUUGGUCCUCGAGAGAUUCGAAUGAUCAAAUACGAUAUGCGGUCAUUCAUGGAACAAUGCGUUUCUCGCUAUGUUGAGCUCUGUGGUCCUAAGUAUAAAGCCACUUUGCGGUCGGCUGACACGCCGUUCCUCGAUGAAUCGCGACCGGAGUUCGAUACCAAUCCGGAUCGCCCUGAUGUAAACCGCCUGAUGGGCCGUCCCAUUGACACGCCUGUCCCUCCUGGUAAAGGCGUUCUCGGCGAUUGUGCAGCCGCCGUCCUGAUGAAAAUCCUGUAUGGUGCUCGCAUGGGGCGAUACGAUUUGAUUCGUCCUGUGCAGGCACUUGCCAGUCUCAUCACCAAGUGGGUUCGUGAGUUUCAGGCUCAAGUGGCUGUGCGCUUGGCCAGACUGGAAGCUCGAGUGACGAUGCGCCUUCAGGUCCUGCGGCUGCCUUAUCUCACCAGGCCGCGUGCCAUGCAGAAGGGAGUGACAUUAGUAUCCGUGGAUCGAGCUGUGCAGCAGGCUGUGGCCCGCUUUGCUGAGGAUCCGGUGGCAGCCUUGCCAUUGCCUUGGGAAACCCCUCUCAUGAAAGCGAUAUUUUCAGAAGAUGAUGCAGGGGCACUUACGAAUCUUGUUCCGGCAUCGUUUGCUUUAAAGGGGACGCCUCCUCCGUUGCCAGGGGCUUCGCGUGCGGACCUUGGCUCGGCUAAGCAGCCAUCAGCUUUGAAGCUUGAAGGAAAUAUUUGUGAGCAUGCCAUUCGGAAAUUCCGUGACGAUGACGAUCUAUUGAAAGAGGAAAGGUUGCUGCACCGCGCAACCGCCAAAUGGGCUUUGGUGGUUUUUCGUUACGCCAGGGAGCUCGGCCUUGCUCCUGAGACUGAGGAGGAGAUCAUUGCUUGCUUUGGUACCAGGUCGGUGCACACUGUCACCAAGCGUGCCAACACGUUUGCCGCUUUCUUGAGGUGGUUGGAUGUUGUAUCUAACUCCAAUGUGUCGGCCUUUUGUGAUGCAGCUUACUGGAAGUACUUGAAGUUCUUGGAAUCGUCUGGCGCGGCUGCCUCGAGUGCAACAUCCUUUUUGGCCUCCGUGAGGUUUUGCAAGUUUGUGUUGGGGUUGUCCCGCGUGGAGGAGCCCAGCCGCAAGUGUGUCGGCCUCGCAGAGAAAUUAGCUGGUCAGGCUGGGGUUGUUAGGCAGGCAGCGCCUCUGACGGUGGAUCAAAUCCUUGUGAUUCAUGAAGCCUUACAUAGUGAACAUACGAGCAGGUGGGACCGUGCUUUCUGUGCUUACUGCUUGGUUGCCUUGUACGGCCGUGCCCGCCAUAGUGACUUGAAGAGGGUCUCCCAUAUUGAGUGGGAUGUGCCGCAGGACACCGAUCGGUCACGGCAAGGCUCCCAAGGUUACAUUAUCAUCUAUACCAAGCACCAUAAAACAUCCAGGGCCACGGCGAAGAAACUUCGGCUGCUCCCCAUUGUUAUUCCAGUUGCAGGAAUCCACAGCAGGCCUUGGAUACACGCGGCCCAGGACGCCUUUGUGGCUGUGCACUUAACCUUGAGGGGCGAGGUUGGCGGUCCGUUAUUUCGGCCGCCUCGGAGUUUUGACUCCCUCAGCUUAUGCAGACGUAGCAUCACAUCCGACGAAGUGUCAGUUUUCGUUCGGCUCUUGCUCGGCCUCAGCCGAGAUGCCCCUAGUGAAGGGGAUCGAGUUACGAGCCACAGCAUGAAAAGGACCUGCCUUUCCUGGGCCAGUAAGGCGGGUUUUGACCGCCUGACUCGGAGUUGCCUAGGAAGGCACGCCUACGCGACUGAAGGGACUGAGGCUAUUUAUUCGGUGGAACUUAGUUUGCCGCAUGUGCAAAAGCUUGAGGCCCUCAUCAAGUUCAUCGUGAACGGAUCCUUUGCUCCAGAUGCUUCAAGGGCAUUGAUGUGGGCGUUCCCGCCGCCAGCUGCUGAGAUUGCUUCGCCAGGACAUUUCACGGUGCCCGUGGAGACUUCCAGCGUACCGCUGGCAGAUGAACGGUCGGGGGCUAUGGAACCUGACUCUGGGGAUGAAGGGCAGAGUAGCAGCUCCACUUCGAGUUCAAGUAGUAGCAGUGAGUCGGACUCUGAUGGAGAACCAGAGGGGUCCCCCAUGAAAAGACGCAGAGCAGCAUGUGCGGAUGAUAAGCGUGUCGAGCCUGAAGGUGGGUGGGUAGUGCAUCGUCGCUCCCACAUUUUGCACCGUGUUUAUCGUGACAAAAUUUUGAUGUGUGGAAGGCCCAGAACCCAAGCUUAUGACUUGGUAGAGGACAUCACGCGCAUGGGAAACCUCGUGUGCAAGACCUGUGAGCGAAACUCGGCUUGA